AUGAUAGCAACUACCCCGUACGAGCAAGGAAAGAUGGCAAAACAGGAAAACAAGGCAAAUAAGCGUUUAAUGACGAAGCGGCAUCAUAUUAUGAUUGGAAGACUUACUUCCGCCGUCGUCUUGCAUUGCGUAUGUCUUCUGUUUUUGACUGUCCCGGGAGGUGCGUUGCCGGGGGUGGAGGAUGGGGGGAUUUGGAACUCCGUCAAGGAAGGAACCACACCAGCUGAGGCAUCUGCUCCUGUUAUGCAAGACGAAAAUCAAAGAGUGAAGUUCAAGGAAUACGAGAUUGGACGUCUCAAGGAGGAAAUUGCCCGUCUACAGAAAAUGACCGAAAAACAUAGACUAGAGACCGAAUCAGAACGGAAGAGCCAGGCGGCGGAGGAGGAGGCGGAAAGGAGUCGCCAGGCAGAGGAGGAGGCGGAAAGGAGUCGCCAGGCAGAGGAAGAGGCGGAAAUGAAGCGCCAGGCGGAGGAGGAGGCGGAAAGGAAG